AUGGCCGAUAGCUCUGACACAUCUUCUCACUGUACCAUCACUCCCUCCGCCAACGCCCCUCCUUCCGCCAACUCAGCCGCACCCACUCGGAACGCUGCUCAAUCCUCCUCUUGCGAACAGCAGCAACCGGUUUCUCAUCCGACCUCGGCUUCUCCGCCACUUCAAGACGAAGCCAACGUCGAGCAUCAGCGUCAGCCAACUCAAGGCGCGCCUACCUCUCCACUCUCCCUACGAGGCAUCCACCAAUCUUUGGCAGCGCAUCUUCAGCAUCGCACUUCGCCACGUCGUGCCAACAGACUCGCAGCUACUGCAUCCUCAUCCGAGUCUCCCAACGAGUCCGAGUCAUCAGUUCACCCGAAACAACGUCUCACUGCUCUCUUUCAGCGCAAGAGCAUCAAAGGCAAAAACUUUCGCACCGAGAGCGCUGAUCCGACACCCGCUUCAUCCCGACCGCCUCAGAAGCUAGAACGCAUCGGCACCCACGCUGCAGGUCUCAUCACCGGCUCCCUUGAUUGCUCCACCUCAUCGAAGCGAGAUCACGUCAGAAUGGUCGGCUCUCAUCUUCACCACGCCUUCCGCUCCUGGUUUAAGGAGACCGAGAAGGACGGCACUCCUCUCCUCCCGGUACAGCUCUCCAAAAAGUACGACGUGCUGCCCACAGUGCUUGGUCAAGGCUCCUUUGCCGUGGUCAAAGCCGUCGUCGACAAAGUUACCGGCGAGCAACGCGCACUCAAGAUCAUCGCAAAGAAGCCAUUGAAGGACAGCAACGAGAAAAUGCUCAAGGAAGAGAUCACCAUCCUCGGCAAGGUAGAGCAUCCCAACAUCAUCAAGAUGUGGGACCUCUACGAGACCAGAGAAGGCGUCUUUAUCGUCACGGACCUAUGCAAAGGCGGCGAGCUCUUCGACCGACUCGUCGAAAAGGUGCACUACAACGAGCUCGACGCCCGUCACAUCAUGAAGCAGAUCCUCGAAGGCGUUGCGUACCUCCAUGAGCACGACAUCAUCCAUCGCGACUUGAAACCCGAGAACAUCCUCCUACGCGACAAGACGGAUCCAAGCGGCAUCGUCAUCUCCGACUUUGGUCUCUCACGCUUCAUCCCGGACGAGGGUCUUCUCAUGACGGCUUGCGGAUCGCCCCAGUACGUCUCUCCAGAGGUCCUGCUCGGCAAGGGCUACAACGCUGCCGUUGAUAUUUGGUCCAGUGGUGUCAUUGCGUACGCUCUUCUCGGCGGCUACACUCCUUUCUACGGCGAAGACCAGCCCUCUCUGUUCAAACAGAUCAUCAAGAUGGAGGUGCAAUUCGAGCCAGAGUACUGGUCCGAGGUGUCGGACACCGCCAAGGACUUCAUCCUCCGCUGUCUCUGUUCCGCAGAGGAGCGAAUGACCGCACGCGAGGCGCUUGCUCACCCGUGGCUCGCUAACCUGCCGCCACUGCACGAGGAGAGUGCAAAGGGCGCCUGCCUCAAAGACCGCACACUUCGCAAUCUCACUGCCAUGCGAAAACUCCGCAAAGCUGUCACGGCGGUCGAGGCCAUCAACCAUUUGCAGCGUCUCCACGCACUUCGCCAGCAGAAUGGCGACGCACUCCCUCAGAAGCAGCAGUCCCUCCUCAGCAUCGCAAGCUAUCUUCAGUCGUACAAGCGCGGCGACUCGCUCUUGCCGGAUCCGAUCGAUGGCGGUCACAGCGUCUCGGCACCUCCAGGAUCCUACGACCCUGUCAUCAUGUCGACAGAGCCUGCGGACAUGGACGUGGACAACGAGAAGCAACGCUCAAAGACGCGUCAAGAUUCCGCCAUGGCGCUGGACUUGACCGUCAUGAUGGUGCUCAUGCCCGAAAACGACUCCAAAUCCUCGUCGUCAUCCAACGCCGGCCAAGGCGGCCAGUCUGGUACCGCAGCAGUGGCAGAGGCCGCUGCCUCCACCAUUGAUCGCGGUGCUGAGUCUUCAUCGGCUCAAGGAUCUGGCAAGAAGGGCGAUGGAGACGUUCUUGCUGCCGGAGAGGAAAGCCCUUCCGCCGCAUCGACAGCCGACUCCGAGGCCACCGUCCGUCCUAAUGCCCCGCCGCCCACCGCUACUGCCAAUCAGCCUCGUCGUGCUAGCCGUAAUGUCAACAAAAAGGACAACGAGUCGACAAAGACACUGAAUUCGCUUCUGGACCAGUACAAGAAGACCGACGUUCCUGCCUCCGCACGUCUCAACCCCGCCGCCGAGAGGACGCAGCCCACCAAGAUCACCUUCACCAACGCUUGGCGCUACCUGCCUUUCCUGGUCCAACAAGGUGUUACCAUCGGUACCGCCGUUGCAUCGCACGCCAUCUACGGUCCAGCCAAGAAGUCGUGGGGUAUCGAGACGACCGUCUUCACUCGUGUCUUGCGCGACAUUGCCAGCUUCUCUGAGUUCGCCUCAAUUCAGGGACUGCAGGGCUUCUUCGACCUCGGUGCCUUCCUUCCAACUCCAAAGGACGGUCUCAUUACUCCUGUGACGUUCCGCGUCAAGAAGCGUGGGCUGCGUGGCUUCCUCGCCGAGGCGGAUGCGGCCGAGGAUGGCAAGCGAGAGAUCAGUGCAGAAUGGGUCGUAGGCAAACAGACCUGGCGCCGACUCCAGGCAGAGUGGCGCAGCGGCAAGCAGAAGAACAAGGAGCGCGUCAUCCUCUACAUCCACGGCGGCGCCUACUUCGUCAUGUCGGCUGCAACCCAUCGACCGCUCACCAUCUCGCUGUCCAAGUACACCGAGUGCCGCGUCUUUGGCAUCAACUACCGUCUUGCUCCCGACACCAAAUUUCCAGGUGCACUCCACGACUGCGUCGCAUCCUACUUCCGUCUCACCGAGGACCUUGGAAUUCCGCCUAGCAACAUCGUGCUCGGUGCCGACAGUGCUGGUGGUGGGUUGGCGCUAGCGCUGAUGUACUACCUCCGAGACAACAAGUACGAGCUUCCGAGUGGUGCCAUGCUCUUUAGCCCCUGGGUCGAUCUCACCAUGUCUUGCGAUUCUUGGGACACCAACGCCGAGUUCGACUAUCUGCCCAUGCCCAAGUCGGGUGAUCACAUGAACCCCGUCUGGGCUUACCUUGGAGAAAACAUCGACAAGUAUCUCACACAUCCGUACGCGUCUCCGCUGUUCGGAGACAUGCACGGCCUGCCUCCUCUGCUCAUUCAGUGCGGUGAUGCCGAGGUGCUGCGCGAUGAGGUGACCCUGCUCGCUCACAAGGCCUCUUUGUCAGGAGUCGCAGUGCGCCACGAGCUGUACGAGGACUGUGUCCACGUCUUCCAGGCGUUCCUGUUCCUCGAUGCCAGCCGAAAGGCGCUGCAGAGUGCUAGGCACUUUGUGCGUACCGCCCUCGACAAGAGAGGCAAGUCUCGCUCGGCAUCAACCUCCGCGCGUGCCGAGUCGGCCGUCAAGAAAGAGAUGACCAGCGCGACGAUGCAGACCUCGGAGGGCGACAAGGCCGAUCCUGCAACUGGCGAAGCUUCGGGCAAGGCGCCUGCAUCCUCCAGCGCCAAGGGCAAAGAGACGAUGACGCCCAGCACGUCGUCAAACACGGUCGAUGGCGGGAUCAACGAGAUCGCCACUUUGCCACACCAGCAGUCGGAUGGUGACGUCGAAGCAGAUGAUUCCGACGACGCUGAUGCAGCAGCCUUGCCAUCUGGCGAGGAGGACUGGGAUCUCGAAGGUCGAGCUUCAGGGGAAGAGAGCCGAGCUCUUGGUGGAGAGGCCGAGUCCAAAGCCGCGAGUAUCCCCGCCAAGAUUGCUCAGAAAGCGCUCGGCACUGACGACAAGGCAGCCACCGAAGCCACAAACAAGGGCGUCAAGCAAGAAGCGCAGAAGGAAAAGCAAGCCGCUUCGAGCUCGUCAGGUCGCGAGUCGUCGUUCCCUCAGAUGACGAUCGAGGAGGCUCGCCUGCGCGGUCAGGCGGGCAUGCAGCAGCAGCACUCGUCGGACGCUCCCGCCCUGAGCAAGUUCCACGCGCCGGCCAAGCCUCUGACGCCCAAGAUGCGACGCACCGGCAGCGGCAAGGAGCUCUCGACACUGCUCAAAUCGUUUGAGGAGAGCAACAAGAGCGGCGGCAUGGGUCUCAAGACCAACGUGUACACCCCCGGCAGCUCCUGA